CUUCCCACCUCAGAGCAGCUGCAUGACUUCCUGAGGAUUCUAUUGCAGUAGACACGGAUAAACUCUCAUUUGUGCAUAUAACCUGCAAGUCUCCAGUUUCUAUUCUUCUUCCCUCUCUGUUCUUUCCCUUCCCCCACUUUGAACCAGGGAAGCUUAACUCUGGCGGGGUUGAAGUGGCUUAAGAAGGACUAAGAAAGAGGAAGGAGAAUCGGGGUAUAUUGGCUAGCAAAUAUGCCAUGCCCUGACCUCUCUCCUCUGGCAAAGAAACUUUCCUAAAGAGCAGGAGCCCCGUGAAUGGAGUGGACCAUCCAGAGUAUCCAGACUUCUUCUGCAGCUCACCAUCCGGGGUUAGCUCACCGGGGGACUAGAAGGUUGGAAUUUCUCGAGAUUUGGAUCUUGCUUCAGGGAGCAAAAAGACCUUAAACUGUGAAACUUGGAAUCAGCAGCUUGAGCUUACUCUGACACUACAGCAUAAGAACUGUGGCCACAGUAAGAAGGAAAGUUUGUGAAGGGUGCUGUGGUACCAGAAAGAGGUCUCCCUUGGUAUCCUAGACUGAUCUCAAAUUUGCCAUCUUCCUGCUUUCGCUUCUUAAGGGCUGAGAUUGCAGAAAUGUACCUCCAAGGCACCAAGCAGACAUUCCUGGCGAUGGAUGGAGCUGAAAAUCUGACGGAAUCUGGCAGUAAUAACACGUGUCAUGACACAAUUGAUGAAUUUCGAAAUCAAGUGUACUCCACUAUGUAUUCUAUGAUCUCUGUUGUGGGUUUCUUUGGCAAUAGCUUUGUGCUAUAUGUCCUCAUAAAAACAUACCAUGAGAAAUCAGCCUUCCAAGUAUACAUGAUUAAUCUAGCCAUAGCAGAUCUACUCUGUGUAUGUACAUUGCCUCUCCGUGUGGUCUAUUAUGUUCACAAAGGCAAAUGGCUCUUUGGUGACUUUUUGUGCCGCCUAACCACCUAUGCCUUGUAUGUUAACCUCUAUUGUAGCAUCUUCUUUAUGACAGCCAUGAGCUUUUUCCGGUGUGUUGCAAUUGUCUUUCCAGUCCAGAAUAUUAAUUUGGUUACACAGAAAAAAGCCAGGUUUGUGUGUAUUGGAAUUUGGAUUUUUGUGAUUUUGACAAGUUCUCCCUUUUUAAUGUACAAAACUCAGCAAGAUAAGAAAAACAAUACUAAAUGCUUUGAGCCUCCACAGGACGAUCACACUAAAAAAUACAUUUUGGUCUUGCAUUAUGUGUCAUUAUUCUUUGGUUUCAUCAUCCCUUUUGUCACCAUAAUUGUCUGUUACACAAUGAUCAUUCUGACCUUACUAAAAAAUACAAUGAAGAAAAACAUGCCAAGUCGUAGGAAGGCUAUAGGGAUGAUCAUAGUUGUGACAGCUGCCUUUUUAGUCAGCUUCAUGCCAUAUCAUAUUCAACGAACUAUCCACCUUCACUUUUUACACAGUGAAAAUAAACAAUGUGAUUCUGUCCUUAGGAUGCAGAAGUCAGUGGUCAUAACCUUAUCUCUAGCUGCAUCAAAUUGUUGCUUUGAUCCUCUGCUAUAUUUCUUUUCAGGUGGAAACUUUAGGAGAAGGCUGUCUACAUUUAGAAAGCAUUCUUUGUCCAGUAUGACUUACAUACCCAAGAAGAAAGCUUCCUUGCCAGAAAAAGGAGAAGAAAUAUGUAAAGAAUAAUUCAAACCCAUCUCCAGUGCAGAACAAUGAAAAAGAAAUUCCUUAACAAGUAUUUUUCUAAAUCAAAAUUUUAAAAAAGUUUCCCAUAGUUUACAAAUAAUUAUAUCUAUCUCAUUUAUAAGUGCUAUUAUUUGAUACUUUAAAUGUUCAAAAUUCAGUUUAUAACUGUGAAGUAACCCACAGAUUUCUUUUUGAAGACUCACCAGAAAGUGGAGAAUGUUUGUGGUUCUGAACUAUAAAACUGAGUAUGAAAUCAAGAAUAUAAAAAGGGUUACAAAAGCUAUGUACCAGACUUUUGAGUUCAGCUUUUAAAUAUAGCUUUAAAAUUAGCAAAUAGUCAUCAGUCACCCUAACAUAUCCCUUUGCAUGCAUGCCAUCAGAUGAGACCUGGAGAUGACCCAGGACCUACAGAAAUGUACGGUCAGCCGUUUCCUUUGUAGUACUGACUAGCUAGGUAAAGUAGUGUCCUGUCUUCUAGAAGAGAAUGUUCAAGUGCUAGAACAGACCAAUAUUCAGCCAAAUAGCUCCACAGGCUGCAUGAAAUUUACAAUCUGGAAAAUAAGGAAGAUAAAUCUGAUCAAAGGCCAGUUUAUCUCUAAUUCUCUUCUGCCCUUGACUCAAGACCCUACAAAAGAAUGGUGUUGUUCUUGGUCACUGUGGUAAAAUCCCAAUUCUACAUAUAUUCCUCCCUUAAUAAGUAAGGCAACUGGCAUUUCCAUAUACGGCAGAAGCAGUCAAAAUUCAUCAGAAGUAAAGAAAAUAGGUCUACCUUUCCCACAUGAAGUUUGUUGGAAUCAAAAUUUACUAUGUCAGAUACCAGAAGAAAAUUUGAAUAUCCAUGGCAUUAAUUCUUUAAUAAACAUAUACAUUUAUGUAUAUAUAUAAACAUGUGUAAUCUAUCUUGUUCUAUGAUAUGCAUUUAUUGUUAGUUAAUUAUGAGAUUUAUUGUUGUUUUAUACUUCUUGCUUUUUUUGUUACCAUGUUGAAAGUAAUAUUUGUUUACAGUGGUUUUUGUAUUAGAGCAGAAGCUUUGUUCUUAAAACCAACCAUUGGAAACAGCUUGAUUGUGACUAAAAUAUGAUAAUCAUUGGCAAUGUUUUUGCUGAAGGCCACUUUGUUCCUAACCCUGAGUUUCAAAAGUGACAUUAACUCUGAAGAAAUAAAUGAUAAUAGAGAUUGGAAAAAAGAAAAACCAUGAAUGGAGUUCUGUCUACACUGGCCAUCUGAAAACUUUUUCUAUUUCACUUCUGCUGGAUCCCUUGGGAAAUUUUGUUUAAAGCAUAAUGAAGAGAGGACUCUGAGGAUGAAAAAUAACAGGAACUUGUUGAUUUCUGUUGAACAUGUCUGAAAAUUGGCAGUGCCUAUAUUACUCUUGUUUCCUCUUGCUUGAGACAAAUAUCAAACAUAUUUGUCAGAAGACAUAAGGUCUCAUUUUCUACAUUUCUGCUUUGUGGAGGAAGAGCAUGGCACUGGAAGCCAAGAUGCCUGCAUGCAAAUCUGCUCUCUUUUAACCUGGUCUCUUUUAACUUUUAACAAAGUUAAUGUACCUUUGAGUGAAUUUUAUAAGCCUAAAACCUUAACUUUCUCAGCUGUAAGAGGAGAAUGAUACUUGUUUUGCUUUCUUAUGGACAUUUGCAGGAUUCAAAGGUGGUUAGAUAUGCUAAAAUUGUAUCCUAAAAAUAUAUAGUAAGAUGCCAUUUUAAAGUAUUUGUAGGAGAGUUGUUAAAUAUGCUAAUUCAUAUUUAUUGUAUCCAUUUUCAAUUUUGAAAGAAUUCAAACAAAACAUUGCCACAGUUAAGUUCUAGUGCAUGUAAUCAUGUUGCUCAUUUAUUCCUACAUCCAAGCUUUUGUCUGUAUUUGCCGUUCCACUCACAUAUGUACCCACAUGUACCAUAUAGAUAUGACACAAAACCUCAGUCACUUGCAAACUCACAAUGAAUGUAUUGUUAUUUCUUGAAUUAUGUCUUUAUAGCCUCUACCAUACAACUUACUUCUUACUACUUUUUCCAGUUUCUCCAUGUGUUAUGUGUAGAAUUAUCAAUUCCUUGAGGUUAGAAAUUACAUCUCUACAUGGAAGUAUCUAACAUAUAUAUAUAUAUAUACAUAUAUAUAUAAUUUUAAUUUUAAGAGAGUUUUAAAUGUUUUAAAUGUUUUACCUAUGUCAAUUCAUAAAUACAAAUGCCCUGCAGAGUACAUACCAUUAUUAUCCUCAUUUUGCCAAGAUUGAACUCUGAACAUUCUGUUGCCAAAAUUUACAUUCUUAAUUUGCUAGGUAUCUGUGUCAUCAUUUUCAAGUAUGAAGUUUCAGGUAUACAUAAUGAAUAGGCUGUAGAGGUUUACUAUACAAAAUUAUGCCUUCCAUUACCACCGCACCUUUAUUUUUUAAUAGGACAGAUAUGUUAUGCUCUUACCACAAGCAGAUGAGAGAUACUUAAUUAACAAAUGAGAGAGAGUGGAGAGAGAGAGAGACAGAGACAGAGACAGACAGAGACAGAGAGAGAUUGGAUGGAUUGAUGAUACAUUUAAGUGUAUGCUUUUUAAAGAAAGUUUAUUUUUUACUUAUACAUGUGUAUCUAUAUGAGUUUUUAUUUUGAUUUUUUAUUUAUUCUCUCAUAUAUUACAUCCCAACUCCAGUUUUCCCUCCCUCCCUUCCCCCCAGUUCUCCCUUUCCCCAUCUGCCCUCUCCCCUAGAUCCACUCCUCUUCCACUUCCCUUCAGAAAAGAGCAGAUCUCCCAGAGAUCUCAACCAAACAUAACUUGACAAGUUACAAUAAGAUAUGGCACAAACCCUCUUAUCAACCAAGUAAGAUCAAAAGGGUCCCAAGAACAGGCAAAAGAGUCACAGCACUCCCACUCCCACUAUUAGGAGUCCCAUAAAAAGACCAAGCUACACAAACAUAAUGUAUUAUGUAGAGCACCUAGCUCAGACCCAUGUGGACUCCACAACUGCUGCUUCAGGCUCCCUGAUUGCCAUUUCAGUGUUUGUGAGACCCUAUGUGCCCUGCUUAGUUGAUUCUGUGGGCCAUGUUCUCCUGUGUAUGACACAUACCCACGAUUUAGUCCAAAGAAUGCUAUAAAUGUCACUUAAAAUAUUGAAAUUAGAAAGAGCUUCAUAUUUGCAAUUCCUAGUAGCAAAAUAAUAAUAACCUAUAAUAUUAACACUCUACAGUCUUUACAUAUAUCCCUUUGGUCACUAGCAGCCUUUUCAAAUCUCAUCAUCUAGCCAAACUAUUUACUGUUAUACAUUUAAUUUUUUAUUUCAUUCAGCAAGUAUUGCUUCUGUAUCCUUAAAAUGCAUUACUGAUCUUAAGCAAAUGUUCUGUAUGUUAAGUUUCAAAAUAAACAUAAUUGAUUUUGUGUGUUCUUAGACU